AUGGCGCGACUUAGCAUUAUACUAGUAUUGUGUCAAAUAAUGACGUUACCAAUUUUGGGAGGACGCUCAGAGGAGGACAAUCCUCUUUUAGGUCUUGCGGCCUCCUUCCUUCAGAACAUGGGAAAUGGAGGGGGGAAUAAUAUGGAUGGGUUAGCCGCUAUUGGUAAUAUUAUGGGGACGCUGAUGCAAGGUGAUAAUGCUAAGAACUUGGGAUCAAUGUUUGGGCAGGAGGGGGGAAAUGCGGGAGACGUUAUAUCAGGUUUAGGCAGUCUGUUUGCUGGACAAGAUGGUAAAAUAGAUCCUGCUAUGAUUGGGUCUAUGGUUUCAAUGUUCGCUCAGCAAAUUGCGCCAGAACCAAAAAGAGAAAAGCGUGAGGCUGAGGACUUCAAUAUGGAGAGUAUUAUGGGACUGGCUUCUAGCUUCUUAGGAAAUCAGAAUACUGCAUCAUUCCUACCUUUAAUUAUGAAUACUUUGAGUUCCCUUUCUGAUAACGAAGCACAAAAACGCUCCGACGGUCAUAAAGAUCACGCGACGUUUUUGCCGCCGUUUUUAGAGAAAGCGCAUUUAUACUGGGAUAUCUUUAUUAACUCUGAACUUGGUAAGACCCUAUGGGAGAAGUCAGGUUUUAAACGAGCUAUGAAAUCGUUUAUUGGAGCAGACGGAAACGUAAGCUUUGAUCUAAUGAUGAAGAACUUUGAGAAUCAUUCAUUCAGACGACACUGGAUCAAGGCAGUGGCUAAAUAUUUAACAGACAUGGUUGUACAUAUUGCUAAGCCAGAAGUUUAUCAGAGAUAUCUCAUAUCGGGGCAGUUCAUUAUAAAUAGUUUCCUCGAGACUCAAGGUAUACCGAAAAAUGUUCAUUUGAACAUGCAACGGUCUCAGGAAUCCAUCACAGCCCUCAUCAACUAUGUACUUAACAAAUAUUUGGAUAUGGAUACUGAUGUAGUAGGAUAUGUGAAGCCAGCGAUAGAAUACAUUAAGCAAACGCUAAAAUUAGCACAGUCAACGACUCAAAGCCUGGCUUCUCGAAGCGACUACCACAAACUAGCUGACCGAAUAACAGAUACACUCAACUUGGAAGUAAUCGAGCCGGUUCUACGCGUUUACCGCGCUUACAAACAUGCGGUUGCGGCGCCGCACUGUCAGGAACAUCUACUGUGCCUCGUCAACAGACAUACCGAUCAGGAUAAAUUAGGUCUUCCAGGAUUUAAGGCGGGUCUAACGAAAUUGAGCAGUGUAGCAGCAUCAGCGGCCCUCAGCUUCCAAAGCGGAAAGGGUUUCUGGGACCUCUAUAAUGCCAUACAGAGUGACGUUAACUGUGAGGCGAAAUACCCGGCCGACUGUUCAGCAUUCCACGAGCACGAAUUGAAAGUAACCACCGAAGUUUACCACAGCGAAUUAUAA